GGUGGCUGAGGUGGCCGCUGGGGCUGAGGCGGCGGGCGCGGCCGGGAUGGCGAAGAGCCGUGGAGAGAACGGGCCGCACGCGCCCGCGGCCGAAGGGAGUCUGUCGGGGACCCGGGAGAGCCUGGCCCCGGGCCCCGACGCCGCAGCCGCCGACGAACUCAGCUCUCUCGGCUCGGACUCGGAGGCCAACGGCUUCGCCGAACGCCGCAUCGACAAGUUCGGCUUCAUCGUGGGCUCGCAGGGCGCGGAGGGCGCGCUAGAGGAAGUCCCCCUGGAGGUGCUGAGGCAGAGGGAGUCCAAGUGGCUGGACAUGCUCAACAACUGGGACAAAUGGAUGGCCAAGAAGCACAAAAAGAUCCGUCUGCGGUGCCAGAAGGGCAUCCCACCUUCUCUGCGGGGCCGUGCUUGGCAGUACCUGUCAGGAGGCAAGGUGAAGCUACAGCAGAACCCUGGAAAGUUUGAUGAGCUGGACAUGUCCCCUGGGGACCCCAAGUGGCUGGACGUGAUUGAACGUGAUCUGCACCGACAGUUCCCUUUCCAUGAGAUGUUUGUGUCCCGGGGAGGCCAUGGCCAGCAGGACCUUUUCCGUGUGCUGAAGGCCUAUACCCUUUACCGACCCGAGGAGGGAUACUGCCAGGCCCAGGCGCCCAUUGCCGCUGUUCUACUCAUGCACAUGCCUGCUGAGCAAGCCUUCUGGUGCCUGGUGCAGAUCUGUGAGAAGUACCUGCCUGGCUACUACAGUGAGAAACUGGAGGCAAUCCAACUGGAUGGGGAGAUCCUCUUCUCACUGCUGCAGAAGGUGUCACCUGUGGCCCACAAACACCUCAGCCGGCAGAAGAUCGACCCGCUGCUAUACAUGACAGAGUGGUUCAUGUGUGCCUUUGCCCGCACCUUGCCCUGGAGCUCUGUGCUGCGCGUCUGGGAUAUGUUCUUCUGUGAAGGAGUCAAGAUCAUCUUCCGGGUGGGGCUGGUGCUGCUGAAACAUGCGUUGGGCUCCCCAGAAAAGCUCAAAGCCUGUCAGGGCCAGUACGAGACUAUCGAGCAACUGCGGAGCCUCAGCCCCAAGAUCAUGCAGGAGGCCUUCCUGGUCCAGGAGGUGGUAGAGUUGCCGGUGACAGAGCGCCAGAUUGAGCGUGAACAUCUCAUUCAGCUGCGGCGCUGGCAGGAGACCCGGGGUGAGCUGCAGUGCUGCUCCCCACCCAGGCUGCAUGGUGCCAAGGCCAUCAUGGAGGCAGAGCCAGGCCCCCGGCCCACACUGCAACCUUCACCAUCUAUCCGCCUGCCCCCAGAUGCCCCCCUCCCUGGCUCCAAAGGCAAGCCCAAGCCACCCAAACAGAUCCAGAAGGAGAAGGAGCAAUGGAAGCAGGCAAAGGCAAGUGGGCAGCUGGAUAAGCCCCCAACCUCAAGUCAAACCAAGGUGGCAGCCGCUGCAGGAGAUGCGUGUCCCCCACAGAAUGUGCUCCUGAAGGACCCAGCCCCACAGGACUCAGCUCCCCAGGAUUCAGCCUGCCACCACUCCCAGGAUUCAGUCCACCACCACUCCCAGGAGAGCCUGACAUCCCAGGAGAGUGAGGACACCUACUUGUAACCCUGGCAGCUCAGGCCUGUGGGGAAGGGUCUCCACACACCUACACAGCUCACAGACUGACAUUCAAGGGCCUGCCUGUGCUCUGAGGGCCCAGCUGCCUGGCCCCUGGGCAGCAGAGAGUCUGGCUGGCCCAGCACAGAUUCUGCCUGAGCCUUUUUAUUUAUUUUCUCCAGAGUGGAGUUUGGGCCAGCCCAGCUCAGGCAGGCAGAAGUGAGGGCCAAUGGGCAGGGCCUCACUCAGCCUCCUCCUCCUGGGGGGAUGCUUCCCAGGCUAGGGUGCUGUUGUGAGGAGAGAGGGUGGGGUAAAGGGUGGGGUGCUCUUUGUGUAAAAUAGAAACAUGAUUUUGUACAGAAAUAAACAAGCUUGUGUAGAGA